GGUGGGCGUGUCUUGAGGCUCUUAACUAAGUAGGUCUUUUGACCGACCGUUACUUCAUUAGGUUCUCACGAAGGACGAAUGGCCUAGAAUUAGAAAGCCAACUACGAGUCUAAGAGAGAGGGAGAGAGAGAGCUGAAGCAAAUGUGUCGGGCUGGGAGGGUCGCGAUCACGACGCAGUUAAGGAACUCGAUUGGAGGAUUAGUUGGAAUCGGGAACUAUCCAGAGACGAGGAGAUGUCUAUGGAAGGCUUGUACAAUUAACGCUGAUCUCUUUCCUCUUCACUGUUCGCUCCAUCGUUCUCCUACUCUCCGAACUUCCACCUUCCCUUUUCUUGUGCUGCAUCCUUCUUCCUCUUCUUGGUCAAAGUCGAUGUUCUCCGGCAACACAAACAGUGCCGCGGCCUCCGCCGCUGCUUCUGCGACGGAUCCGCCACCACCAUCAAAUCCCACUAAGACGGUGAGGGCAAUGAUUAAGGGGAGGGUGCAAGGGGUGUUCUACAGGAACUGGACGGUGGAGAACGCGAAACAAUUGGGACUCAGAGGAUGGGUGCGCAAUAAGAGGGACGGCUCCGUCGAGGCCCUCUUCUCCGGCCAUCCCGAUUCCGUCAAUGAGAUGGAGCAGCGUUGCAGGCGUGGUCCUCCCGAUGCCAUGGUCACCUCUCUCCAAGUCUUCCCGUCAGACGAAGCUCCUGGCCCAGGCUUCGACCGCAGACAAACUGUUUGAUAAUAUUCCUCUUCAUUCUUAGAUGAUAUGAUCCCGUGGUUAUUUUUCUUUCUCAACUUUUUAUUAGAAACGUAAAUGAUGACUGGAUCUGUUUCAAUAAAAAUGUUCAUGGCUGUGCGCAACGAAACCUAUUUAAUGAGGAGUUUUGCCAUUAAUGAAGUUAAUUAGCCGCUUCCAUUA